GCUAUUGCCACUGCUAUCGCUCACUCACUUUUGUCAUUUCUUGGCGCUUGUUUCUCUUUUGUACCCUGUCGUUGAACUUGCCUAACAACCUUGGGGGGACAGUCCGUGGCGGAACCUCAAGCGGUGAUGCUACCAGUGCACCAUGACCCCGCUCUUCCGACUCACUAAUGCGCUAUUGACUACCGUUACUCUUCUGUCUGCAUGUCUGGCAGAGAAGCUUGCACUCAGAAAUGUAAUCCAGGAGAGAAAGCUUUCUUUGGAUCCAAUCGAACAAUACCACUUUCUUCCGCCCGUACAAACCUCACACGGCAACGGAGCUAAUGAAGAGCUCGAGCUGCUUGACAUAUGCCUCGUUGCGUCUGUGGAUGGAAAGUUUCAUGCAUUGAACCGAUCAUCCGGCCAGGUGCUGUGGUCGAUGGGCGCAUCAACUGGGACGGAAUUUCCUUCUGCACUUGCACCACUCAUCCGCACACAACAUGUUGAUCCAGAUCCAGUGCACGAUGGCAGUGAAUCUAAGGAGCUUUAUAUUAUCGAGCCUCAGUCAGGAGAUAUAUAUGUUCUUCCAAAGGAGGAUGAGCCAUUGCAACGAUUGCCUUUCUCUAUGACACAGCUAGUGGAUAUGUCGCCAUUCUACUUUUCGGGCGACGACGAACACCGCGUCUUUGUCGGAAAGAAGCAAACGUCGCUGCUAAUUCUUGAACUAGAAAUCGGCCGUUUGAAGGGUACUAUAAAUGCGGACUCUGAAUGUCCUUGGGAUCCGUUUGGUGAUUUGGAUAAGGAGCAACAGUCAAGUGCGGAGGUGGAUUUGGACGAGCUAGACGGCACGAAGCCACCGAAAGUGAUGCCAGUGUCCACCGAGAUUCUCAUUGGCAGGACAGAUUAUCAUGUUUCAAUCCAAACUCGACCUCGCAAUCCUUCCGAGCCUCGACCACCAGUUCAGAAUCUGACAUUCUCAACUUACGGGCCAAACAAUCAAGACUUGCCUAUGCAGGCGACAUACAGACGAACUCCGGACGAUACAUACAUACAGUCGACGGCAGCGGGCGAAAUCAUGUCUUUUCGGACGUCAAGUGAACGGUCCGAUUCGUUGCCAAUCUGGGGAAUGACGUUCAAGAGUCCCAUCGUCGCCGUGUUCGAUAUUUUGCAGGCGCCGGACCGACAAAGCCCUAUGGCUUUGCUACAGCCUCAACCUCGUCUGCAGGACUUCAUCCCCAACUUUUCGAGUGGGUCGAACUUAGAUGUUGGCCAGACGUACAUCGGAAUGAUCUCCGAAAACCGUGCGCUCUAUGCGCUUAGCCCUGCGCACUUCCCGCUUGCCGUCUUCGCUCCAGACAACUAUAGAUUUGUGGAAAAGAAACGUCUGAGAACAAUUGAUGCUCCUCCUGGCUACAUGCCAGAGCCCGGAGAUGGUGGACGUGACUUCCCACUUAGUGUUGAUGACGUGACUCGUCUUUUGAAGGAUCGAGCACGAUGUGCUAAUGGGAAGUGGGACCGAUCGUGCGUCGUUGGUGCCCGGCCUGUUGCUGCUGCAGACCAAAGCCGCCUUAGUCGCCUUCUGCCCGACCGCCCAUACGAGCCAGAGGCUCCGAAAGUCCAUGACAAUCCACCUCAGUUUGGCUCAGGGAGUCUGGGGAAUGAAAGUCAACUAGUCCAUGAGAACGAACAGAUAGGAGAUGGACUUGCUCGACAGGCAAGAGCUUUUGGUGGAAGUGUAAUGGCACUUGUCAUUUUCUUCCUUGGAAUUUAUUAUCUCUCACGAAAGGCAAGAAAUGGGAGGGAGGGCGAAAAGACGUCGAUUAGUUCUUCCGGCUCCUUUAAACAAGACGAACCAUUCGAACGACUUAACGAGCUUGCAGAAGGUGGUGUGAAGGUUGUAGACUUUGCAGAGUCUAAACCGCUUCCCGCUCUCCCUGAACUGGCAUCCGAUGGGCCAGUUAGUCCACCCUCGACGAACUCGGACGACUUUGUCAUCGUUCCUCCAGCUCAAAUUCCUGCGAUAUCUGAGAUGCUGCCGUCAAGUAAACCUAAAGCGGCCGAGGCUAUUGGGGAUGGCGAUGGCGAUGACGAUAGUGGUCACGAGGGAGACAACGCAGCUGUUCCAGGCCGAAAGAAGGUGACAAGACGAAGAAAGCGAGGAAAGAAGAAUAAGGGGAAUGCUGUUGUAAACGGUGCAGAUGAUGAAGGAGAAAAUAACUGCGAAGAAAAUGUGGCUCAGGAAGGACCUACACUUACGGCUCCACCAUUAACGCCAUCCCCCUCUAUGCGAGGUUCCCAAUCGCAACAACUCGUAGUGUCUGACGAGGUGUUAGGGUAUGGCUCGCAUGGCACCGUUGUCUACCGUGGUUCGUUGCAGGGACGUCCGGUAGCAGUCAAGCGCCUACUGCAAGAUUUCGUGACGCUCGCCUCUCGAGAGGUGAUGAUCCUGCAGGAAUCCGACGACCAUCCAAACGUCAUUCGCUAUUACUAUCAAGAGUCGCAUGCAAACUUCCUUUACAUAGCCCUAGAGCUCUGUCCUGCGUCUUUGGCGGAUGUCAUAGAGCAUCCAGACUUACAUCGCGAGUUAUCAAAUGCAUUCGAUCCGAAACGCGCACUUCAACAGAUUGCGUCUGGGAUGCGGCACCUACACGCUUUGAAGAUCGUGCACCGUGACAUCAAGCCGCAAAACAUUCUCAUUUCAUCUGCAAAGCGUGGUGCGGGUGCGAUGGCUGGACAUCGGAUGCUGAUAUCCGACUUUGGGCUAUGCAAGCGACUAGAAGUUGACCAAACGAGUUUCUUGCCUACAGCUCAUGGCGCAGGUGCCGCUGGGACUGUGGGUUGGCGAGCGCCCGAAAUUCUUCGUGGAGAUGUCAACCUUGACGAGCCAACCGUAGAUGAUUCGACACAGUCAUCACGAGGUAGUAGUGUCGGUACUGCUACGAACGGAACUGUGCCCAAGCCGACUAGAUUGACGAAGGCAGUUGAUAUCUUUGCACUCGGCUGCCUCUUUUACUACAUCCUAACAAGUGGUGGACAUCCAUUUGGCGAUCGUUACGAGCGAGAAGCAAAUAUUCUCAAAGAUACUAAAUCGCUCUCUGCUUUGGAGUCAUUCGGUGAAGAAGGCCUAGAAGCAAUAGAUCUUAUCUCAUUUAUGUUAGACCCUGACCCUUCGAAGAGACCGGACACAUCAACUUGUCUUACCCAUCCAUUCUUUUGGAACGCAGCCCGACGAUUGGCAUUCCUCCAGGAUGCUUCAGACCGAUUCGAAAUCAUGUGCAGGGACCCACGGGAUCCCGACCUUAUCGAACUUGAAAAGGGCGCGUACCGUGUCGUUGGUAAUGAUUGGCAGAGCCGAUUAGACAAAGUCUUCCUCGACAACCUUGGAAAAUUCAGGAAGUAUGAUGGAAAAUCCGUACAAGACCUCAUGCGUGCUUUGCGGAAUAAGAAACACCAUUAUCAAGAUCUCCCGGAUAACGUAAAACGACACCUCGGUCCUUUGCCGGAUGGUUUCUUGUCGUACUUUACGCGCCGAUUCCCUCAACUCUUCAUGCACGUUCAUUCUGUCAUCUCACGGACUAAUCUUCGCUACGAGUCCAUGUUCAGAUCCUAUUUCGAGCUUUCCGACUGAACCACCCAUAUUCUUAUUUGUUACUCCGCUACUCUUUGCUCUUGUCGUUUAAUUACAUAUCUCCUGGAACAUCCAUCUCAAGCAUUGACAUCAUCUGUGCCCCCUCUUGCAUAAAUCCAACAACUAAAUCCCAAAUAUUGCAGCACGCUUCCUUAUUUUGCAUUCAUUAUUUGCUUUCGGUGGACUAGGUUUUCCUCUUUG